AGCAUCGGAGUAGCCUACAAUAUGAAGAGACAGAGAUACGCAGGCGAGCAGGUAGCGAUAGAGAGCUUCAACAUUGCCAACGUGCUGAUGCUCCUCUCUAGAGGCAGCGGAGGCGGAGGAGAGGUUGAUAACAGAGUUUUUGAGUGCAAGACUUGCAACCGGCAGUUUAAUUCGUUUCAAGCUCUUGGUGGGCACAGAGCUAGUCACAAGAAGCCUAGGCCAAACGAUGAGGGUCUAGACCGGACCCAAAGUGCACAAGCGGCUAAGCCUAGAGUGCAUGAGUGCUCAAUCUGUGGGCUUGAGUUUGCGAUUGGUCAAGCUCUUGGUGGGCAUAUGAGGAGGCAUAGAGGGGUUAAUGAAGGAUUUGGGCAUGGGUUAGUGGAGAAGAUCAAGGAUAAUGAUGGCGGGAAGAGAGUAGUUGUUUUGGAUUUAAAUUUGCCUCCUUUGGACGAGGAGACGGAGUGUAGGAAAUUAGGGUUAGGGCUUGGGUUUUGGAGUGGAGUUUGUGGGUGAGAUUGUAGAUUCAUGGUGGAUUGUUUCAUUGGUGUAACUCUUUUUCCCUCCCAUUUCCUCUUUUUAUUGUUGGUAUAUUUUGUACAAAUAGAAAAUGGCCUGUUAUUAAUAAAACUAACUUUGU